GACGCGGAGGCGGUUCCUCUUACUACGGUGGCCGGGGUACUAAAAGUACCUGUAGCUGCGGCGCUGAGGUCGGAACGUCUGCGUGUGUGCGGGCUGCUUUUGUGGCGGCUGCUGCUAGAGCUGGAGCAUUUCCCGGUCAGUCUAAAAGAUUAAACUCUACAGAAGAAUGCGAUCAAGUGAUGGCUUUUCCUUUAGAAUUUGAAUAUGGAGGCUACAGGAACAGAUGAAGUUGACAAGCUAAAAACUAAAUUUAUAUCUGCUUGGAACAACAUGAAAUAUAGUUGGGUGUUGAAAACAAAGACGUAUUUUAGUAGAAAUUCUCCUGUAUUAUUGCUUGGAAAAUGUUACCAUUUUAAAUAUGAAGAUGAAGAUAAAACCUUACCUGCAGGAUCGGGAUGUACAAUAGAGGAUCACGUAAUUGCAGGAAAUGUAGAAGAAUUUCGUAAAGAUUUCAUUUCUAGAAUAUGGCUGACCUACAGGGAAGAAUUCCCUCAAAUAGAAGGCUCAGCUUUGACAACAGACUGUGGGUGGGGCUGCACACUGAGAACUGGCCAGAUGCUCUUGGCUCAAGGACUCAUACUACACUUUCUUGGUAGAGCUUGGACCUGGCCUGAUGCUUUGAAUAUUGAAAAUUCAGACUCUGAGUCAUGGACUUCCCACACUGUCAAAAAAUUUACUGCAUCAUUUGAAGCAUCGCUUUCAGGGGAAAGAGAACUCAAAACCCCAACAAUUUCUCUGAAGGAAACAAUUGGGAAAUAUUCAGAUGAUCAUGAAAUGCGAAAUGAAGUUUAUCACAGGAAAAUCAUCUCUUGGUUUGGUGAUUCCCCCUUGGCUCUUUUCGGCUUACAUCAACUAAUAGAAUAUGGAAAGAAGUCUGGGAAAAAAGCAGGAGAUUGGUAUGGACCAGCUGUGGUUGCUCACAUUUUAAGAAAAGCAGUUGAAGAAGCAAGACACCCUGAUUUACAAGGAAUAACUAUUUAUGUUGCACAAGAUUGUACAGUUUACAAUUGUGAUGUAAUUGAUAAACAGAGUGCUUCCAUGACUUCUGAUAAUGCAGAUGACAAAGCUGUUAUUAUUCUAGUUCCUGUUAGACUUGGUGGAGAAAGAACCAACACCGACUACUUAGAAUUUGUGAAGGGUAUUUUAAGCUUGGAAUAUUGUGUGGGUAUUAUUGGUGGCAAACCUAAACAGUCAUAUUACUUUGCUGGAUUUCAAGAUGACAGUUUGAUUUACAUGGAUCCUCAUUACUGCCAGUCUUUUGUAGAUGUCAGCAUAAAGGAUUUCCCUCUUGAGACAUUCCACUGCCCUUCUCCCAAAAAGAUGUCGUUUCGAAAAAUGGAUCCCAGCUGUACAAUAGGAUUUUACUGUCGAAAUGUUCAGGACUUCGAACGAGCUUCUGAAGAAAUCACCAAGCUGGCCUAUUCAGUUCAGGUUGUAGGUGGCCGGAGACUAUUCUGGAGGCUCAGGACGCAAGAUGCUGAAAUUUUCUUCUAAGGAGAAAUAUCCCUUAUUUACUUUUGUAAAUGGUCAUUCCAGAGACUAUGAUUUUACAUCUACUACAACCAAUGAAGAAGACCUUUUUUCAGAGGAUGAAAAGAAACGAUUAAAAAGAUUUAGCAUGGAAGAGUUUGUCUUGCUUUAAAGAUUAGCACAUUUGUGCUUGAUGAGAAGAAUUCCAUUGAAAGGGGAAAAUGAAGAGAAACAAGUGUAUUCGAAACGUUUAUUUUCACAAAUAUCUUAAUUUUUUAUGUUCUUUAAGAAAAAGAACAUUUGAAAAUAUAAAAGUGUAAAGAUAUUUUUCUAAAAGAGGAAUGAUUUAAUGAAUCUUGCUUUCUAAUAAAUAAAUUGAGUGAUUCUGGUUGCAUUCCUAUUUCCCUAAGAUCUACUAGUGAUAAUUCUACCUUAACUGUAAGCCUUUUAGUCUUCAAAGUCUUCCACCUGAGCCCAUUGUUCUCAUGCAGGUUUUGUGAUAUUAACCCUCCCCCAAAGACUGGGAUCACCAGAUAGUUUCAAAAUUCUCAGUUUGUACUAAUGACCAGAAGAUCAGAGAAGGAAACUUUAAUGCUGUCUAGCCUACUGCUAUUAAUGCAAUCAAAGAAUGCUUUUGCAUAUGUGUUGAUAAUUAAAUAGUAUUUGUUAACUGUGAUAUGCAUACACUUAUAUAAGCAGAAUUAUGAGUUAAAGUAAUAUUUUGCAAUAUGAUUUUUAUAGUGGCUUCUCAUUAUGCUUGCUGUUGAACCUUUUAUGAGGAGUGAAUAUAAAGUAUUGGCUUUCCCUCACAAAUUUAAAGGUUAUGUUAUUAAUACUGUUAUAACUGCAUCCAAUCAAAUCAGAUAAAGGCAACUAUAAAAUAGUAGUAGUAGUGUUUGUUUCCUAUCCCAAGGGCAAAAUUUUAUGGGAACUCAAUUUAUUAUGCAGUUUUCAAAUCUAAAGUACCAAGAAAGAUGUCACUAGGUUCUCUUCUAUGUGAUUUUUGUUUUUUAUAUAAAGCAGUGUAGUGGUGUUUAGAAGCUGAGGCCACCUAUAAGGCAAAUCUGCCUUAAGUGUAUUAUUUGUUACUUACAGGCAAAUUUGUGAUCUAAAAGUACAAGAGUGAUUAUUGAGCUAGGAUUAUAAAAUAAUAAAGAUGUGAGAAGAUAAAAUGCUUUUGUUUUGGUUUUAAUGUUGGGAUUAUUUUAAUCCUUUCAUUUGAAUCGGUGUCUCAGAUGAAUUCUGUUCAUUUAUAAUAAAUGCGUAUAUUGCUUUGAAAA